GCAGGUGCAGGGAGGGCCUGGGUUGUUCUGGGGUGAGGCCCUGCCCCUCAGCUGCCUUUGGACUCCCUGAGCUCCCCAGGCCAGGAAGGGCCUGACUUGUGCCCUGGGCACCUGGCUGCCCUCCAUCCUCUCUUCUCUCCCUGAAGGCCUUCCCAUUUGUUGUGUAGACUGUUUACUGAUGACCUCACCAGAUUCCACCCCUCCUUCCCAUCUGCAUCUGCCCUGCUUGUUGGUCUUGAACCUUGUUCCCUGAUGACCACAAAUUACCGCUCUGCUCCUUCUAAUUGUUGUGCCUGGAGGGGAGGACACCCCAGUCCCCCAACAGCCAGUUACACCACAUUCUCUGGGAGCAGGGGAGGAACAGGAAGCGUGGCCUCUAGGGGGAAGUCGUGGGAGGCCCAGGCACCUCCCCAUUCUGUCCCGAGGUCAGGGAUCACGGCGCUCAGUAGCAGUAGUAAUGAUAACUGCACACCCUCGCGGUGCUUUAACUCGAACCCUUACAGCUCCCGUGGGGUGGGUGUCGUUAGCCUCAUUUUGUAGAAGACAAAACUGAGGCUCACAUGAGGUGACACAGCCAAAGUCCUGCUGUUAGUAAGUGUCCAGGGGCACUCAGACUCUGGAUUCAGACUCUGGGUCUGUUGUGUUUCCACCACCCCAUGGCUGCCACCUCCUUUCCCCAGCACCUAGCACUGGCAGCGUGAUCCACAUUGAACUGUUUUGGUUUCUUAGCCAUAACUCCACCCCUACCAGCAAACCUCUUUUCCAAGUAAAGGAGGAAGCAGCUAUGGCUUCUCAGAAGGAGACAAUGGCAGGAGGUCCUGCCAGGCCGGGUCCCCGCCCCAGCCCCACAGACCCCGUCGUGCUCCUGGCCUGGGCCUGGUGGGCAGGGGCGGGGGUGCACUGCCGGAGCGCCCCAGACUCCAGCUCCAGUGAAAUGCUCCAGGGUCCGAACUAACUGAGGGCGAGGGGCCCCCUUGCAGCCUGGGCUCAGGCCUUCUCCCCUGAGGUGGGACAGCCAAGGCCAGAGAGGGUGGAGCAAACUGGAAGCUUUUUUCCUCCAGUUGGUGAGGCUUCCAAGAGGUCCUUGGAGGAUACUUUUUUGGUUUAGUCCCCCUGCCCCCACCCAUCUCUAGGACUGGUGCUGCCCCCUGUUGAAGGCGCUGUGGGCAGUGAGAUUCCAGUCGAGACUCAGGUCCCACCCUGGGCUCUGGGGGUGGAGCUCAGGGCUGGGAAACCAUUUGCCGCUGCCUGAACUGUCUAGGAUUUCAUGGCUAGUCUCUAAUAACCCCAUUGUGUCACUGACCCAGAGCACUUCAGUGCCUGGCUUAUGUCUGUCCCCAGAGCUUCAUUGGUCCUUCAGGUAGAAUGGGACAAAGACCUAUCCCUUUGCUGGGGUGUGGGCCCAGUGGCCCAAUCCAGGCCCUGUCCCAGACCAGAGGGCAGACGGCACCGUGACUGCUUUGCUCUUUGACCUGUGGCUGCUGCGUGAAUAGCCCCUUCCUCCCCCUACCCCCCACGAGGGCCGAGGGCCCGGUGUGUUGCACAUGCACUAGCUCUCCACCCACCUACCCCACCCCUGCCCCGGCCCAGCCUAGAAGAGCCAGAGGCGAGAUCCAGCUUCCCAGGUUUUUCUUUUCUUCUCCCCACCACACAUACAGGCCUUUCUGAACCUGAAUAUCACCUCCCACUUUCCCACACCCCUUCUCUCCAUAAGGUAAGGGGACUGGCUGAGCUCAAGUUAACCAGAUUUUAGUCCCUUUAGUAGAAAUCCUGUUAGAACAGGGUUUCUUAAACUCACUUGAACAUGAGUGUCAUAUGGAAUGCCUGUUAGAUGUCUGGGCCCCACCUCGAUCUGCUGGCUUGGGGACCUAGGAGUCUGCUUGUUUAACAAAGCUCUCAUGGUCCUUAAGAUGAGGCCGGCUGGAGCCCACCACAGCAGGGGAAACAGGGUGUUGUGCUAAGAGGGGGCAGGACCUCCAUGAAGUCAAGGUCAGGGUCUUGUCCUUAGAGACACAACUAGUCAGAACUUCAGAGAGGAUCUGUCUCUGCCAGAAACUUGCAUCGUCCGGAACCGCAAAGGCUCAUGGACCAACCAGAAAGCCCGUUUCUUACACAGGCCCUGAUAGUGAAAUCUCAGGGGUUGGGGCUGUGGUCUCGGGUGGCUGCACAGGGACUCUGUAUUCAUUUUAUUUAUUUUUUAUUUUAUUUUUAGAGAGGGUGGGGAGGGGCAGAGGGGGAGAGAGAGAAUCUUAAGCAGGCUCCACACCCAGCGUGGAGCCCAACGUGGGGCUCGAUCCCACAACCCCGAGAUCAUGACCCGAGUGGAAAGCUUAACUGACUGAGCCACCCAGGCGCUCCUCUGUAUUCAUUUUAGAGGGCAAUUUCUAGAAAGCGGUUUCCUCUAUUUCCCAGUUCCUGGAUGCUAUCCCCAUGCAGCAUCUUUUUUGCAAGUUAGAAGAUGGUACUCUUCACACCUUUGACUUCCAUCUGUCAGAAAGUCAUUUAUUUAACAUAAGUUUUGUGAGAAUAAGACACUUGGCCGCCAGAGCAUAACGAAUGGACGAGCCCGUGUGGUUUGCGAUAGGAAUGGCAGUCCCUUAGAUCCGGAACCUUGGCUCAGCACACAGCCAGCCACAUGUCCCCAGCGGCUGUGCGGCCCUUUAGUUCACGAGUGAGAGCAAAAUGCCUUUUCUUGUUUUUUUUGUCUUAAAGCCUGUUUUUUGCGACAGAUGCACGGUCUGCACCUGACUGGUUUAGAGGAGGGCUCCGUGGGCUGGGCCUCAAAGCAGAGGCAGCGGAAUCCCUCUUGAGCUUCCCCUGAUGGCUCUAGAUUUUAAUGUGUCUUCAAAUUGGAAUAGCCUGGGAGUUUGUCCAGCUGCAGCCAUAUUCCUAAGCUAAGGUCUUUUGGCAAACAUCACAUAUUUCGGGAUGAAGAAUUUACCCUUUUCAACUAAUCCCAAGUAAGUACUGCAUUUUAUUUAUUUAUUUUAUUUUAUUUUAUAUUUUAAGAUUUUAUUUAUUUGACAGAGAGAGAGACAGCGAGAGAGGGAACACAAGCAGGGGGAGUGGCAGAGGGAGAAGCAGGCUUCCCGCGGAGCAAGGAGCCCGAUGCAGGGCUCGAUCCCAGGACCCUGGGAUCACGACCUGAGCCGAAAGCAGACGCUUAACAACUGAGCCACAGGCGCCCCAAUUUAUUUAUUUUUUUAAAAAAUAUUUAUUUAUUUAUUUGACAGAGAGAGACACAGCGAGAGAGGGAACACAAGCAGGGGGAGUGGGAGAGGGAGAAGCAGGCUUCCCGCCGAGUAGGGAGCCCGAUGCGGGGCUCGAUGCAGGGCUCGAUGCGGGGCUCGAUCCCAGGAUCCUGGGACCAUGACCUGAGCCGAAGGCAGAUGCUUAACAACUGAGCCACCCAGGUGCCCCAAGUACUGCAUUUUUAAAAUGUCUCCUAUUCUUAUUUUCAGUUAAGUCAAACUGUAAAUUGAUUUAGAUUCUGUGAUCUUCUCUUCCACAGCCCAGGGCCUCACAUUUAGUUUCUCUAAAAUUCACCGAACUAACAAGUAAAACAAAAGGCAAUUUCCGUAUGUAUCAGUGGGCAGAGGGCGUGGACAAUUUAGGGAUGAAGAACUGCAAUUAUUUGGUCCAUUUUGGUGGCAAUUGAAGAUUACAGCACUUAGAUAAUAAUAGUUCUACCUUGUAAGAUAUCAAGGAAUAACAUCUUCAUGUAGAGAAGAAUUGAAACAUUUGAUUUGGGUGACAGUAUUAAUAGAAAAAUUUCAUUUGAAAAAUGAUUUGAUUAUAAUUAUCCAAGUGUUCACUCUCUUGAAAAAUUGUGGGAGCGUUUUAAAUGUUCAGAACUUAGGGAAUGAUUAAACAAGUCACAACACAUCUACUCAAUGUAGCCAUUGAAAGCAUGAUUAAGGCCAAAUAAUUUAAGGUCAAGAGAAGAAAACAUGCUUUUGAUGGUUAAAAGUUAAAAAAGAAAAGAAAGAAAGAAAGAAAAAAGGCCCAUGAAAUGUCAUGUGUGUUAUGAUGUUGACAUUUUUUAAAAUGCCUCUGGAUGAGAAAGGAAUCAAAUAAUUAUUAACUUCAGAACAAAAAUCUUGUCUUUCAAAUGGAAAGUACACUUACAAGCUACUCAAAACCUUUAUUUUUUUUUAAUCCAAAUUUACCACCAGUAUUCAUUUUAUUUUAAAAAAUCAUAUUAUGGCUCUGUGGGUAAAAUUAUAUGUUUCUCAAAAAUUGUAAGCAUCAAUAUUUAAAUAAAAGCCAAAUAUUUAAAUAAAAUUCCUUAUCAGUAUGGAGAGUAUGGCCUUUAUCGCCUAAAGGCUGCAAACCAAUCACAAAAAUGUUAUACAAACAUUCAGAGGUGUGCAUUAUGCCAAAAAUUCAAACAACUUUGUUUUAAAACGGGUAAGAGAAAAAUAAGAGCUGAAAUCAUUUCUGGACAAGAAAAAGUUCCUGGGGAUUGUCUUGUCUUUAAAUAUUGAGGACAGGGGGCGCUUGGGUGGCUCAGUCAGUUAAGCCUCCGACUCUUAAUUUCUGCUCAGGUCAUGAUCUCACGGUUGUGAGAUAGAGCCCCGCAUGGGACUCCACGCUGGGUGUGAAGCCUGCUUGGGAUUCUCCCUCUCCCUCUGCCUCUCUGCCCCUCCCCCCUCCCUCUCUCUCUAAAAAAAUAAGAAAAAAAUAUAUAUAAAUAAAAUCUUUUUAAAAAGUAAGUGGAAAAGAAAGCAGUAGUAAGGGAAAAAAUAAUAAAUUGCCCUAGGCCACUUAACUAUAUAUUUGUAAUUCCCGGUACUGUGCCCUUCUCAGCCUGUUGCCAAAGACCUGUCUAUAGGGUCAGCAUGAGCACAAGACUCCAUUACUUGGGCAAGGCAAGCCCAUUUGAGGCAGUCUGUGUGCUAAAAAUAGAAAGUUAAGAAUGAUUAUAUAAUCUUUGGGGUUCCUCCCGCUCCUAGAUUCUACAGAUAAUGAAAGGGUGAGCGGAGGGGAGCCUUCUUCAUUCUACAUUUCAUACUUAGCUCCUUCUGAAGCCAGAAGAACAAAGAUAGGUGGGGAAGGCCGUUCUUGCUGUCUUGGGGUUCACUGAGGGGCAUCAUAUUGCUGAAUCCAUCUCAGUCCAGGAUCUUGUCCUAGGAAGAGACCUUCUGCUUUGGGGAAGAAGGGUAGAGGUACACUAACCAAACCAAGGGGCCAAUUUAUGAAGCGACAGUGAGCAAUAUAAUAGCAAGGGCACCAAGCAUUUCCACCCCUAAGCCUGGAUUUCCCACCCUGUGGGUACCUCUGUCGAAAGCAGAUAGUGUUUACAAAAUUAAAACUUUUAGGGUGCGUGGCUGGCUCAGACAGGUAAGCGGCCAACUCUUUUUUUUUUUUUCUUUUAAAGAUUUUAUUUAUUUGACAGAGAGAGAGACAGCGAGAGAGGGAACACAAGCAGGGGGAGUGGCAGAGGGAGAAGCAGGCUUCCCGCGGAGCAGGGAGCCCCAUGUGGGGCUCGAUCCCAGGACCCUGGGAUCAUGACCUGAGCCGAAGGCAGCCGCUUAACUGACUGAGCCACCCAGGUGCCCCGCGGCCAACUCUUGAUUUUGGCUCAGGUCAUGAUCUCAGGGUGGUGAGCUCAAGCCAAGCCCCAGGUGGGGUUCUGUGCUCAGUGAGGAGUCAGCUUGUCCCUCUCCCUCCUCUCUUGUUCUCCACCCACCACCCCCUCCUGCACUCUGUCACGUUGCCUCUCUCUAAAAUAAGUGAAUAGAUAAAAUCUUAAAAAAAAAAAAACCCUAAAACUUUUAGGGGUGCCUGGGUGGCUCAGUCGGUUAAGUGCCCAACUCAUGAUUUUGGCUGGGGACAUGAUCUCAGGGGCUGUGAGAUGGAGGCGGUGUCUGGCUCUGCACUGGGCAUGGAGCCUCCUUGAGACUCUCUCUCCCUCUCCCCCUGUCCCUCCCCCCCCCAAAAUUUUAAAAAUAACAAACUUUUAGAGGCACCUGGCUGGCUCAGUCACAGUAAAGCAUGUGAUUCUUUUCUUUUUUUUUUUUUUUAAGAUUUUAUUUAUUUAUUUGACAGAGAAGGAGAGAGAGCGCGCACAAGCAGAGGGAGAGGGAGAAGCAGACUCCCCACUGAGCAGGGAGCCUGAUGCGGGUCUCAUCCCAGGGCCCUGGGAUUAUGACUUGAGCUGAAGGCAGACACUUAACGACUGAGCCACCCAGGCGCCCCAAAGCAUGCAAUUCUUGAUCUCAGGAUUGUGAGUUCCAGCCCCAUGUUUGGUGCAGAGAUCACUCAAAAAUAAAAUCUUUUUUUUUUAAGUGAGAUUUUUAUUUUUAUGUUUAUUUAUUCAUUAUUUUAAAAAAAUUUUUGUGGUGAUGCUGGGUUUCAAACAGGGGCCUCAAACAGUAAAUAGUGCUUAGCAGCCUGCCUGUCGGUGAAGAGUUGGGAGGAAAGGGUCGACCUCGCCUUAGCCGACUCAGGGAAAAGCUUCAUGCGUUACCUCCACGACAGGGGAGCACCUGCCUUCAGGUGGGCAGAUGAUUCGCUGGGCCAGAACUGCUCCUGGACUUGGGUGGCCAGACUAGCAUUAUCCCCAGAUACUCCCUCUUCCUCCCUUUCCUGGCUGACGAGGGCCUCCUGCAGCGGACAAUCCUUCUUUAGAUAUGCUGAUACCUUCCUUCGCUGGGGACGGUCCAGUCCGAGGCGCUGAGCUCGGAGUGGACUGGGAAGUUUUCUUUCCUUCCUAUCCAGCUUAGGUGGCGGAGGAGUGGGCGAUCUUACUGGCCCCUCCCCGGUCCUCCUGAGGCCGGGCUGAAGGCGGUGGGGGGCUGGGAGGGCCCUUUCCCGCCAGGGGGUCGCCCAGAGGGCUGGCUCUUCCCGCCGGCGAGAAGGGCUGGUUCCGAUUGCCCGCAGCGCCCUCCCCGAGGCCGCGAGCCCAGCAGGGGCGUGUCCCCGUGCUCACCUGCCAUUGGGCGGGGGGGCGGCCGGCCUCGGCCAGAGCCGUACUCUAUAAAUGCGGAGCGGGCCGGCCGCCGAGCCAGGCGCGCCGCAGGAUGGUGGACAGCGUGUACCGCACCCGCUCCCUGGGGGUGGCGGCCGAGGGGCUCCCGGACCAGUACGCGGACGGAGAGGCGGCGCGCGUGUGGCAGCUCUACAUCGGGGACACCCGCAGCCGCACGGCCGAGUACAAGGCCUGGCUGCUCGGGCUGCUGCGCCAGCACGGCUGCCAGCGGGUGCUCGACGUGGCCUGCGGCACCGGGGUGGAUUCCAUCAUGCUGGUGGAAGAGGGCUUCAGCGUGACCAGUGUGGACGCCAGUGACAAGAUGCUCAAGUACGCGCUUAAAGAGCGCUGGAACCGGCGGCACGAGCCAGCCUUCGACAAGUGGGUCAUCGAAGAAGCCAACUGGAUGACUCUGGACAAAGAUGUGCCCCAGCCACCGGGGGGUGGCUUCGAUGCUGUCAUCUGCCUUGGAAACAGUUUUGCCCACUUGCCAGACUGCAAAGGAGACCAGAGCGAGCACCGGCUGGCACUGAAGAACAUCGCAAGCAUGGUGCGGUCGGGGGGCCUGCUGGUCAUCGAUCAUCGCAACUACGACCACAUCCUCAGCACAGGCUGUGCACCCCCAGGGAAGAACAUCUACUAUAAGAGUGACUUGACCAAGGACAUCACGACAUCCGUGCUGACGGUGAACAACAAAGCCCACAUGGUGACCCUGGACUAUACAGUGCAGGUGCCGGGGGCUGGCCAGGAUGGUUCUCCCGGCUUGAGUAAAUUCCGGCUCUCCUACUACCCACACUGUUUGGCUUCCUUCACGGAGUUGCUCCGAGCAGCCUUCGGGGGCAAGUGCCAGCACAGCGUCCUGGGUGACUUCAAGCCUUACAAGCCGGGCCAGGCCUACAUUCCUUGCUAUUUCAUCCAUGUGCUCAAGAGGACGGACUGAGCGCUGAGCGUGGCCUCAACUCCUACAACCCUCUGCCCAGGCACUGCCAGAUCUGGCUGGGGAGGUGGGGACUAGUGGCCCCAUAUCAAGGCCAGCCCCCAGCGCAGAUCCUGGGGUGUGGGGAGGGGCAGACCGCUGCUGCGGGUGCAGGGAUUUGGGUUCAGGCAAAUGGAAGUGUGAGCAAUACAGUCUGCCUUUUUCA